ACCGCGUUUUCGCGUACGACAGUUUUGUCCGACACAAUGAGUCUAUCACGGUUGUACAGCGGUGAUAGGCGAGGAUGCCUGAAGAUAAGAAGAUGGCAAUCGACGGAGAUCACAACAAUUCUAAGCCCGCCGCCAACAAGGGGACUGGUGGCGGCACAGCUCUGGCUCAAGUUACGAUGCUGGAUGGCUCCGUAUUGGACAUCUCUAUUGACAGAAAAGCUAAGGGCAGAGAACUGCUAGAUAAGGUAUGCGAAGCUAUAAAUUUGAUCGAGAAAGAUUACUUUGGAUUAACCUAUCCCGACAGGCAUGAUCCAAGAAAUUGGCUGGACUUAGAAAAACGAAUUUCAAAGUUUAUGAAAGGUAUUGUACAUUCUUCAAAUCCCAUAGUAAUAAGUUUGAUUCUGUGUAUAUGA